GCGCGCUUGGACCCAUAACGAGGGUGGCUGACCGUGUAUCGGAGCCUAAACCGUUCACUAUUGACGUGCCACCUACAUCAAUCCGAUUGAGCUCCGCUGGCAGCCGGUGGCACGAGGAGAACGGUGAGCGCAACAAUUGCGUCGUUCUCUCGUCGCUGACCACCUGUUUCCGCUUGCGGGUGGCAUAGAGGGUCGAGGGAUACAUUUCGGCCAUUUGCUGCGUUCGUUUCCUCGCUCUCGCGCCGUGGAUCCAGAGAACGUGACCGGCGGAGCUUCGACGAGCGGCCAACCCCAGCCUGUGCGGACUGGAGCUCGUGCGAUCCACGACCACUUACAGCCUGAACACUACCUGUCUCGCAGCACCGCCCUCAUGCCUUGCCCGUCGCCUCGCCUUGCUUUCUGAACGCUCUGCCCAGCUCUGCCAUGUCCAAUGAGACCCAGAAGGCCGACCAGAUAACGUACAGGUUCUACACCAAGCUUACUCUCGUCGUCCAUCAUGCCAGGGCUACCUCGGAAGCACCAGCAGAGGCUAAGCUGGACAAGUGGUUCAACUUGGAGACACCAGACCCGGAGAUAUUUCGAGAGCAAACCCGUAGCUAUCGCAGCAUCUCGACUGUACAACCCGUACCCGGAUUCCAACUACAGGUCCUCCUGUGUGUCCCAGAGCUGGCCAGCAACCAGGUCCUCGUCUACCAUGCCCCCAACUCAUCGAGGCUCCGCAUCGACCCGACACCGACGCACAUCGUACUCGAGUCGUGGGACCUCAGCUUCCACCCCGAACCACUACACGCGCGCCGGAGCGACGACCGCUCGGACAUCACGCCGCCGACCAUCUACAAGCACGGCAUCUCGCUCUUUAGAAGCAUCUUCACCCUUCUCCGCAUCCUCCCGGCGUGGAAGCUUGCGCGACGACGGCGGACGGGAGGCAACCGGAAUGGGAACUUUGGCAUCGAGCUACGCAUUGUGGGGCAGGGACAGAGUAGAGGGGAGAUUCUGGGUUUCGACACGCCACCUGCGCCAGGGGCGUCGCCGCUCGCCAAGGAGGUGCACGCAUUCGCGCCCAUUACGCACCCGACGGGCUCCCUCUCCCUCUCUGUAACAUAUCUCACAGCACCGCACUUUGAGCUCGAUGCUCUCGAGUCGCUGCUGUCGUCGCGCUUCCUGUCGGACGAGGGUCCGGACUUCACGCCUACGCUGGCCAAGAACCAGCAGCGGGACUCGCUCUCGACCUCUCCUGGGAGCCUGCCCAUGCGCACGUCAUUGCCUCGCUCGCCUCCCUCCGCGUCAUUAGCAGAUCGCUUCGUCGUCGCGCCUCCGAUAAGCUCGCGGACCACAUCAUUCCCCACCGUUGGCGGCAGCAGCCCCCGCAUGCAGAGUGUGGCGUUGCCUUCCGGAAGCCCUCGCAUGCAGAAUGUGGCGUUACCUUCGGUACGGCGGCUGUCGAAUGCAGGCAUGGGUACAGCAGGCUCUGCGUCAGGCCUAUCAGACGAGUCAUCGCGGCAAGGUGCUGGCUCUAUCAGGGAUGAUGGUCCAGGCGUGUCCGCUUUGGGUGUUCGGUACCGAGUGGAGAGCUUCGGAGGAGGAAGGGGCACAGAGUACUCGUCGGCUCAAGGACCACUGCCUAUUCGGCGCCAACCCAUGAACCCUAUCAACCCCUUCAAGUCGUCGACACUCUCGUCUGGCUCACCGUCGACCCACUCACCUUCACCGUCACUACGCCAGACCUCGCCGCUCUCCUCCCUACCUGGCGGUCCUUCCCUGCCAUCGCGACCCGCUCACACGUCGCCGACCUCCUCACGUGCGGGCGCGAGUGCUGUACCGGUCGCCGUGAAGGUAUCGUCAUCCCCUGUCAUCCCGUUCCGACCGUCACCGCCGUAUGCGCCGUCCAGCCUUGGUGAUCGUCGGUCAUUAGCCAGCGCUGAGGGUGUUGCUGGCGGCAUCUCAGAGAGUCCGGGUGGUACCAGGAAGCGAUACUCAAGUAGCUUCGGCCAUCGUUAUGCCGCCACAGGAGGAAUGGGCAGCGAAGGCAGCGCAGGAAGUGGUCCUAGGGAAGGGGAGCGCGUGGCUGGCGCUUCUUAUCUGAGCGCGAACACGGACGAUGACGAUAUCUCCGCAUUCGUGCAGGACAUCGAUGCGCGGAAGCCGCUGCAGCGUCUGCGCGAGCAGAGUGAAUCCUCGCCGGCCGAGUCUCCGGUGGAACCUCAGAGUGCAGCGGAGCCGGAGAGGCCGUCAGACUUACUCUCGCGCGCACGCACGCUCUCCAUGCCCGAACCAAUGCUGGCUACGGAAGCCGCAGUGGAUGAGCGGCUCCGCGAGAUGAGUGACGCGUUCAUGUCAAGUUUGCGGGGCCUCGACAGUCGGCGACGUGCGCGGGGCGGCAUACCUAGUCCCGGCGGGCGCUCCACUGAUGCACGGGGUACGAGUGGCACUCCCGUUGAAGAACGGCAAGGCGGUCUUCCCCUGGACGGUGCCAGGGUGAGUCCGGCGAACAUCGGACUGCCCGCGACCUACACCCGCCCGAGGAUGGGAUCCACAGCGAGUAUCCGGUCUGGCUUCAGCGUCGCAUCUGGAGAGGUGCUGGGCAAGAUGGACCCGGAGGUAGGCGAUAAUCCUGGGAGAGGCGGCGCAUCCUAGGGGUUCACUUGCAGGUAGAUGGAGUGAAGGAGCCCCUGAGACGGAUGUCUAUCUAUGCUGCCUAGACGUCCGGAGCCUCAGCUAUUAUUGGACUCCGGCUAGAGAGCGUAGACCUCAACGACCUCGAUGACGAUGAUUAUGGUGUGUAUAUAUGUAAUCCUGUAUGCUUCCUCACGUUCCGGCAUUUCGCCCCACUCUGCAUUGCUCCGCCCUACCUACGACGAAGGGCCAUCGAGGCUGUACUUUUACUGGGUGGUAUAGUCCGUCAUCACUGUCUCACAUUUUUCCUUUCCUUUCAUUCGUCAUACUUAUGUAGCAUGCAAAUUCUCGGAAGGACGGUAGUCGGUGUUCCUGCAUAUGUUCACUUAUUGCUUUGCAUAUGUCUAGCAUACCCGCAAUAUCAGACGGCCAUUCAUGUUGUCGUAUACUAACAAGCAUUCGCACAAUCCAUUAUCAUUUGGGUAAUACUCCCUAUCAUGGCGA